GUGACUGCAACAUCUUGAGCCGUCACGCCAAGCUGGAAAUUCUCCAUUAUAAUCGCCUCUAAUCAGCUUUCCAUCCCCAAACCCCCCAAUGGGCCUAAUUUCAUCAAACAACGCGCGUCUAUUACGUUCUAGCAUUAUGAGAUUGAGCAAAUGGCUAUGAAGUUCGUUUCCUCGUAUAGAUUAACGCGCAUUUAAUCCCAAUCGAACAUAUACGGCCGCUUUGCGAUACGUCACGAUAGGAGAGGCGUUCAUUGCCGCUACAUCUCUAUCAAGCUCACAAUGGCCUCGCACGAUGUCCGCGAUGUCCUCAACCUCCCUUCCGACAAUGCCGGCCCAAGACCGAAUAAGAAACAAAAGACAAGCACUGCACGACCGAAUCUCAAGGGUCUUGCACGUGAAGUCCAGAGUUUAGGAGGCGAUAAUCCCAUCGCAAUUGUGCCUGAAAUAGCGACCUUCAAAAAGAGGCGGUUUGGAAGUCGGAAACCAGCUGCACGAUGGGAAAUGAGCCCCUUUCACAACUCGGCGCGCAGUGAUCAGUCUUUAUUGCUGCGGCAUUGGAGGAAGGAGACCGAAGACCAAUCAAGGGCUACGUCACAACCCCAAUCGGAUGGACAGACUCCUGGCGAUAAUGGCAUAGAAGGGACAAAAAGGACUGAUGUAACUGAGGAUUCAAGCUUCGCUAAAUUCAAUGUACAAGUCGACGUUCCUCAAUAUAGCGAAGACCAGUACGCAUCAAAUUUGGUUAACGACGAUUGGACCAAGAAUGAGACAGAUUACCUCUUCGAAUUAGCCAGAGAUUUUGACUUGCGAUGGCCUUUGAUAUGGGAUCGGUACGAUUAUUCACCACAGUUGCCAGAGGACAUGAAAGAGGAAAAGGAUGCAGAUGGUACAGGUCCAAGUAUAGCCUUGAUACCUGCUCCCAAGCCUCGUACUAUGGAAGAUCUGAAAAAGAGAUAUUAUGAGGUUGCCGCGAAGAUGAUGGCAGUCCAGAAGCCCGUGCAAUACAUGACUCAAGCUGAGUUCUCCCUGCAUGAAACAAUGGCCAAUUUCAACCCGGCAUCAGAACUGGCACGCAAGAAAUUUGCUCAAGAUGCAUUAAGCCGGUCUACCGAUGAAGCCCGGGAGGAAGAGCAGCUGCUCAUUGAGGUCAGGCGAAUUGUUGCUAGGCAACAAAAGCUCAAUCAGGACCGCCAAGACUUGUAUCGCCGACUUGAUUUCCCGCCCACAGAACAAGACAUAACCAGUUUCAAGUCCAGUGCUGGACUGUCUACACUCUUACAGAACCUCGCAACCGCUGACAGGUCAAAGAAGCGCAAGCCAAUUCUGGACACUAAUGGUGCCAACACACCAGGCUCAGCGCAGCCUUCAGCACACCCCAACUCAACACCGGUCACAGAAAGCCGACGAGAGAGCAUUGCAGCUUCAACAGGCGGCCAUCGUGAUUCCAUUGGAGGAGGCGAGCGGCCUGAACGGCCCAGCAAGAAAGGCUCGCAGCAGCAACAGCAACAACAAGAGCGUAAGAAGCUUACUGAGCAAGAGGAGAAGAUAUAUGGUGUAUCUCAUCACGACCGUCUUCCCUCUGGCCCAACAUUCCGUUAUGAGCGUAUUAAUAAGAUCCUUACGACGAAAAGCAAUGCACAACAUCAAAGAAUCACCAACACGCUUGCCGAGCUUGACAUUCCAAGUAGACUGAACAUGCCAACAAGGAAUGUUGUUGAAGGGAUGGAAAAACUACUCAACUCUAUUGGCGUUCUUUUAGAGAUAAGAAAACUCAGCGACAAAAUCGAUGCGGAGAUACGUGUGGAACAAGCUAAAAAUUCCGAUCGUAAGAAGUCUAUCAGCAUAGCAGCAUCAGGCUCAGAACCUGCCAAUACAAACGCAGAAGGCUCAUCUGAAUCGGUGUCCGGCAAACCGAGCGAAACCACGAAUUUAAUUAAUGGAGAAAAGGUGGGCUCAUCUUCUACGGAUAAACCAAAUAGUGGUGAAGAUGGUCCUGCCUCAAAGCCAGUUACAGAUGAGGGCGGCAAUGGAACGGAGAAGCAUGAAUUGACUAACGGCAAUGAAGCCGAAAAUCCCGCUCAGGGCAAGGCUGAGGCUGGCGAGGAUAGGAAUACUAGGCCACAGAGUAGUGGUGGGCAGAAGAGAAGUGCCAGUGUCUUAAGCGGCGCCAGCGACGAUAAGAGCGCAAAGAGGCUGAAGAAAUAAUGAAGAGAGAAACAUCAAGUUAGCAGAGACAGCUUCGGCACUCGCCCAUAUUGUACACUUAUUGGAAUUGAUGAUGAAUGAUACCACUACAAAGCAAAUGACAUUUCUACAGUUCGUCGGAUUUCAUGAUACGCAUGAGGCUGAUACGAUUGAUCCUCUUUAACUACCGGGCUCAAUUAUACCAACCAAGCUGAAAAGGAUUUACGUGAUUCUUUCAUUUCGUAUAAUGCCGAAAUCCUGUAUAGAUGAUGUCGCAGUAUUAUGUGCAUCCCAGCCUCGUGAUGAUCAAAGAUGUUGAUCUCGGUACUCGACCAUCGGCAAUAUGCACCUCAUAGCGAAACCAAUAGUUUCUCUCACAGGCUUCGCCUUCAAUUUUGCACUUUCUAAGCCCCG